CACGACUACGCUCUCAAAAGAGAACGGAGACUCUGUUUGCUCCAGCAACAGGAACUCAACUCGAGAGCAAGCUGUUAACGUGUGCAGGUGUCCGAAAUGCCGUUCACUACGGGAGAGGGGAACCUGCUCCAGCUGAACCAACAGAACUUCGACUUCAACAUACAAUUCGAGCAGCUGUUCUUCUCUAUCAUACCGUCUGUUUUGUUCAUCCUAACAUCGUUAUGGCGGACGCUUUCCCAGGCACGGAAGCCUACCGUGGUGAAUGCUCCGGUUUUCCAGCUCAUCAAAUUGGGCGUUAUCACCGCAUAUGUCGGACUUGAGCUUUCGCUUCUUAUUUUGGUUGCGGUCGGGUCUUUCCAAGUAACCAACAUGUUUAUAGCUUCAUCGGUCCUCAAUCUUGUGUCUGCACUAUUCAUGAUACUGCUGAGUACCGUUGACCACCGUAGAAGCCCGAGGCCGUCCGUGUUGCUAAACAGCUAUUUGUUUCUGACUCUACUCUUGGACGUGGCUCAGGCAAGAACACUGUUUCUGUCAUCUGAUAACAAGCCUGAACUCUCAUACAGCAGCAUAUUCAGUGCUGCCAUCGCUUUGAAGACUGGAAUAUUAAUAUUGGAAGCCCAACAAAAAUCUAAAUGGCUAAACUGGGACGAAAAGGAACAUAGCCCAGAGGAGACGAGUAGCAUCUUCUCUCUUGGCGUUUUUCUAUGGCUGAAUAAGAUGUUCUUAAGAGGAUACAGGAAAAUUCUGACCCUCAAGGAUCUUUAUCCCCUUGAUAGCUCCUUCAACUCCCAAUCACUUCACGACGAAUUCUCCAAGAACAUGGAUUAUUCUAAAUUAAAGGGCGACAAAUAUGGCCUUGUUAAAGUACUCGCACGCACGCUAAAAGUCCCUCUUUUGCUUCCCAUACCCCCACGCCUAGCACUUCUUGCGUUCACAUUUUGCCAACCACUUUUUAUUGAAAAAUUGCUGGAUUACCUAUCCCAGCCCAACCUCGAUCCGAAUAUCGGUUACGGGUUUAUCGGCGCUAGCAUCCUGAUUUACUCUGGAAUUGCUAUCUCCACGGCCUUUUACUGGUACUUCCACCACCGGACACGUACUAUGGCAAGAUCUAUAUUAGUCACCGAAACAUUCAUCAAAGCUACAAAAUCCCGUAUCGGAACUGGGGAUGACAGCGCCGCACUGACUUUAAUGAGCACGGAUAUGGAGCGAAUCCAAAUGGGCUUCAGGGCAAUGCAUGACAUUUGGGCGAGCAUAAUCCAGGCUGCCCUGGCUGGAUGGAUGCUCUACGAACGGCUUGGCAUAGUCUUCGUCGCACCCAUGGGAGUUGUUGUACUUUGUUUCGCAGGCCUGGCUAUCCUUAUAAAAUACACCGGUGACUCGCAGAGGGCCUGGAUGGCAGGGGUCCAAAAGCGUGUUGGACUGACGGCUACGGUUAUAGCCAGUAUGAAGAGCUUGAAGAUAUCUGGCCUCUCUUCUGCCGUCAGCAACUUCGUUCAAAGGCUCCGCGUCGAAGAGCUAGCGGCUGGUGCUCAAUUCCGCAAAAUAGUUAUUAUUGCGGCGCUCCUUGGCUUUACUCCGCAGACGAUCGGUCCACCGUUAACCUUUGCAUUUACUCAACGAACACUGGAUGCGUCGAGGAUGUUCACUAGUCUUUCUUUCCUUACGCUUUUGACCAACCCGCUGUCGCAGAUCUUCCAAACCAUCCCCCAAUUCAUCGCCGGAUUGACAUGUUUAAGCCGAAUCCAGGCCUUCUUGGAGUGCGAGACUCACAAUGAUUUCCGGCAAGUUCUUGCUGAUAUGAGGCACAAUGCAGAAAAAGCCCAGCUGCUCACCGCAAUUCCAUCUGAUUCAGAAUCAGACACGGCGGACCCUAUUGUCAUUGAGAGCGGAAAUUUUGGUUGGGAAGCAGACAAGUUCGUCUUAAGAAACGUGAGUACUCGUGUGUCCAAAUCAUCGUUAACUAUGGUCGUUGGAUCUGUUGGCUCAGGCAAAUCUACGCUCUGCAAGGCACUGCUUGGAGAGAUCCCAUUCAGCCAAGGCAGCGUAGUAUUAAGCACUAGGUUGCCCCAUGUUGGAUUCUGUGACCAAACAGCAUUCCUCUGGAACGGUUCGAUUAGAGACAAUAUUGUUGGAUUCUCUCUAUUCAAUAAUGAAAGGUAUAAUGAAGUCAUCCAGGCCACAUCUCUAGACUUCGACUUUGCCACGCUCCCACAGGGAGAUCGAUCGAAUGUCGGAUCUGAUGGAAUUGCCUUGUCCGGGGGCCAGAAACAACGCGUUUCUCUCGCACGAGCUCUGUAUUUACAUUCUGAUUUGCUAGUAUUGGAUGAUAUCUUCAGUGGUUUGGAUGUGGACACUGAAGAGCAGGUUUUUCAACAAGUUUUCGGACCAGACGGGCUGCUGAAACGACGACGCUCUACGGUCGUUUUGUGCACUCAUAGUAUCAGGCAUCUACCCGCGGCAGAUCACAUAAUAGCGCUCGGAAAUGGCACGGUUUUCGAACAAGGAAGCUUUGAGCAACUGAUGGCCAGUCAGGGAUAUGUUCAGAGUCUGGGGUUGAGUGGCUUUUCCGACAGCGAUACUGCAUCCGAGAAAACGAUAUCUUCUCAAAAGAUCGCACAAGAAUCAAACCCACUACAGCUAGAUACAGCGACAACUAAUAAUUCUUCUCGUACGCAAAAUUUGGAUACCUCGCGACAGGUUGGCGAUAAAACGGUAUACAAACAUUAUUUUAAGAGCAUGGGACUCUUCUUAGCCGCAUGUAGCUUCUUCUUCGCUGCUCUUUGGGGCUUUUUCACGAACUUUCCAACAAUCUGGCUUACAUACUGGACUGAUGAUGUCUAUUUGGAACAUCCGCGGCACUCCUGGGCAUACUACGCAGGGAUAUACGCAUUGCUUCAAAUAUCCGGUAUGAUAUCGCUGCUUCUCCUUGGAAUCGCGAUCUUCAUUGUCUCUGUAAAACGAGCAGGCGCUCGUCUCCACCAGGAUGCCUUGCGAACCCUUAUUCGAGCACCACUAAGUUUCUUCACCAAUACGGAUACCGGUGUUAUUACAAAUCUAUUUUCGCAAGAUUUGAACCUUAUAGACACAGAGUUGCCAGAUGCAACCUUGAAUACUCUCUUUAGUCUCGCUCAAGCAGUCGGACAAGCGGCUGUUAUGCUUACUUCGUCGGUGUAUUUGGCUAUCAGCUAUCCGCUCCUUGGUAUCUUAUUAUAUGUCGUGCAAAGGUUCUACCUACGGACUUCCAGACAGCUACGACUGCUAGAUCUUGAGGCUAAAAGUCCUUUAUAUACGCAUUUCCUCGACACUGUGAAAGGAAUUACAACUUUGAGAGCAUUCGGUUUUAUUCCUAACGACGUCGAGAAAAAUACUCGCCUAAUAGAUUCCAGUCAAAGGCCCGCGUAUCUCCUCCUCAUGAUCCAAUCGUGGUUGAACCUCGUUCUCGACCUGGUCGUCAUGGUGAUGGCAGUGGUUCUGACUACUCUUGCUGUUCGGCUUCACUCCAACUCUGCUUUCGCUGGUGCCUCCUUAUUCAGUCUAAUGAGUUUCGGGGAAAAUCUUUCAGGCAUUGUCAUAUUCUACACGAAACUGGAAACAUCUAUCGGGGCGGUGGCUAGAUUGAAGAUGUUCAACGAGAACGUCAAGCCGGAGAAUAGAGACGAAGAGGAUAUGAUUCCUCCCGAACAGUGGCCCCAGAGUGGCCUGGUAGAGUUGAAAGGUGUAUCCGCGAGAUAUGAAGCCACAGACCAAACCGACAUCGCACCCAACCUAGCCCUCCACAACAUUAACCUCAAAAUCAGCCCGGGCGAGAAAGUCGCUAUCUGUGGCCGCACCGGCAGCGGCAAGUCCAGUCUUAUCGCCCUGCUCCUUAAGCUCCUCGAUCCAACCCCCGAAACCACAGGGAAUGCAAUGAUUGAUAACAUGCCACUCCAUCGCAUCGACCGGCCAGCACUCCGUCAGCGCAUAAUUUCCGUACCCCAGGAAGCCGUCUUCUUGCCUGAUGGGUCCAGCUUCCAGACAAAUUUAGACCCAUCCGAGGUCUCAACGGCCGAAGAAUGCCAGGGUGUGCUUGCAGCCGUCGGCCUGUGGAGUUUCGUUCAGGAACGCGGUGGGCUCAAUGCAGGAAUGAGCGCGGGAACACUCAGCAGUGGCCAGCGACAACUCAUGUCCCUCGGCCGCGCGCUGCUAAGACGGUAUGCGCGAGCGCGGAAUAUGGGGCUAGGAGGCGGUGGUUCAGACCGCGGGAUAUUGUUGUUAGACGAGGUGAGCUCGAGUGUCGACCACGAGACGGAGCGUGUUAUGCAGGAGAUUAUCAAGGCGGAGUUCAGGGACUACACCGUCAUCGCGGUUAGUCAUAGGCUAGACAUGAUUAUGGACUUUGAUAAAGUCGUUGUCAUGGACAAAGGUGAGAUUGUGGAGGUUGGAAACCCGGCGGUAUUGGCUGGGGAGCCGGGGACGAGAUUUGGAGAUUUAGUGAGGACGGGGGCGAAGUAGACUGCCACUGCUUCCUUAUAGACCUGAUUUAACGUCUAUAUAUACUUACAAAUCAAACAUAUAAUUUU